AUGAGUUGCGAAAUUAAUAAGGAAAUUGAAAAGCCUCUGGUUGUCGUGGACGUAGAUGCUGGUGCAGACGAUGCAAUUGCCCUGCUGAUGCUUUUAGCAGCUCACAAAAGACAAGAAAUCGAAUUAAAGGCCAUUACGUGCGUAGCUGGUAAUACAAAUUUGACCAACGUUGCUACAAAUGUACUAAGGCUUUUGGAGGCUGCUUCUGCUCUAAAUAUUCCUGUCUACAAAGGCGCAAAUGAAGGUCUGGUUCCAAAUCCCGACUACGACUUAUCGCAACAAGAAUGGCACGGCAAAGAUGGUUUUGGAGAUCUAGAUUAUGGCGAACAACAACCCCCUGAUAUGAAUCAAAUCAAACCUCAACAUGCAGUAAAUGCUAUCUAUAGCAUCAUUUCCAAUUCUCCAAAACAAGUAACAGUAAUAUUUCUUGGCCCUCUAACAAACGCAGCAUUAAUCACUAAAGUCUAUCCUGACUUCUUUGAAUUGGUAAAAGAUAUUUUUGUUAUGGGCGGUAAUUAUAAAGGAGUUGGUAAUAAAAGUAAUGCUGCUGAAUUCAAUUUUGGCAUGGACCCUGAAGCAGCUUACUUGAUAUUUAGGGAUACUAAUAAAAAUAUAACUCUUUUGCCUUGGGAACGUGAUUGGCGAUUCAAUGUCAUGGGAAAUAUUGAAAAUCCAGAAAUGAAAUUAAUGAACGCCGUUGAAAAGUCCAUUUACAUGCUCCAUAACAACGACACUUCAUAUCUAGCUUGCGAUGCUGCCGGAGUUGCUGUGAUGUUGGAUCCAAAGGUGAUCACAAAGUAUUUUACUACUCAUGCUACAGUUGAACUUUGUGGAAGAUUUACCAGAGGACAAACAGUGAUCGAUCACAAUAAUCUUCAUAUUCCAAAUGUAAAAAUAGUAACGCAAAUGAAUGAAGAUAAAUUUAAGGAAAUGCUCAUGGUAGCUGCAGGACAUAGCUGUGCAGAGUUAUGACAUAUAAAUGGAUUUAUGAUGAUUUGGUGUAUCAGUAUUUUGACACUAAAAAAAUUUAUGCUUUAGUGUCACACUUU